AAGAUGUUAAUAUUGUUUUCUGUAAUGACCAUCUUGUCGGUGAUGAUAUCCAAGCCCCGCCCCUCAUUCCCAUCGUCCAAUCGGAUGCGAGCAAGAUCAACGUUCUUCCUGUUCGGCGUUUGACUGCUCAGCUGACUGACUGCAAUGAGGUUCCGUUUCUGUGGAGAUUUGGACUGCCCAGAUUGGGUACUUGCCGAAAUAAGCACAUUAGCAAAGAUUUCAAGUGUCAAAAUGAAACUCCUCUGUGCUCAAGUGCUGAAGGACUUGCUUGGGGAAGGCAUUGAUUAUGACAAAGUUGCAAAGCUUACUGCAGAUGCAAAGUUUGAGAGUGGAGACAUCAAAGCUAGUGUGGCAGUUCUCAGCUUCAUUUUCUCCAGUGCAGCAAAGCAUGAUGUUGACAGUGAAUCUCUGUCCAGUGAGCUGCAGCAGCUUGGUCUGCCUAAAGAACACACAACAGGCCUCUGCAAAUCAUAUGAAGACAAGCACUCUGCACUGCAAGACAAACUAAGAGAGACGAGCCUGAGGCUGGGGCGACUGGACGCUGUGUCCUGGCGUGUUGACUACACUCUGAGUUCCAGUGAGCUGAGGGAGGUGAAUGAACCAGUGAUUCAGCUAAAACUGCAAACACAAGGAGCAGUGUCAGGCUCCACAGAGACGACUGUUGUUUCUGUGUCGGCUGACAAGUUCAGAGUCAUGCUUGCAGAACUCAAGCAGGCCCAGACAAUGAUGAACGGACUGCAGUGAUGAGUGGACAAUGAAGUCAGACUUUCAAGAGUCAAGAGGUUUUUUUUUUAUUGAUGUCUGACCAACAAACAUGAUCCUGAUAGAUUAACAAGCUUACAUUUUGUACAGUAUAACUUAAGUCAUCUCAAAGGUCAUGUGAGUGACCAAUAAUUACUUGUAUUUUUCUACCACACACAUUAUCAAUACUGAAUGGACCAGUUUUGUAAUAUAUUGUAUAUUGAUACACACACACACACACUCUUUAAAUUGUGUUGAUAAUUUGUCUUAUGCCUUCAUAUGCUCAGAAAUAAAAUAAAAUGUGAAACACUGA